UAUUGCGAAGAUUCAAAAUCAAGCCCCAUGGAAUGUUCGGAAUAAAUUUUGAUUAUAGAUACCUACGUGGAUCAACGAUAUUAACACUGCAGCACCAGGAUUGAUUGAUAACUAUAUUCUCACAACAUACUUGACAUACAGAAACACUUAUUACAUGGAUAAUCAAGUGUUUACCACAUGGGAUGAUUUUCGGAAUUAUCUGACGUCGGUGUACAUCUCGGAUGGAGAUGUUGAUCAGCCUACCAUUGCAGCUAUAAAUAGUGCACAAUCACAGUACGUAUUUUUUUGCAAAGGCAAAAAAGUUAGAGACAGCCAACCAAAUUCGUAA